AUGCCUUCUCAACGCCCCUACUUCCUGUCCUCCUUCAUCGCCGCCUUCCGCCAACAAGGCCCGACCCUCCAGGCCAAUCAACAGCCCAACAAACACAACAAUCAAUCCGCCGCCGUCGGUUCCUCCACCUCGUCAUCAUCAUAUCCCCAAACAAGCACCGCACCGCGGACCAUCGCGACCAGCGCCGCCGCCGCCGCAGCAGCAGCAUCGUCCGCCCAAGCAAACAGUCGCUCCCCACCCCCUAGCGUAUCUAUCCACUCUCCACGCGGCAACAGCGCUGCUUCUAUCCCUAUUCCAAAUCCUUCUGCGUCCGGGCGGCGACGUGGCAGCGAUAGCAGCAGCGAGGGCUUCAGAGAUGCAAUAGGCGCAGACAAGUGGUAUAUUGGCGGUAGGACGGCAGGCGGCGAAGAGAAAUUCUUCAAGCUGGGCGUAGUGAGGAGGGUGAGAAGUAAUGAUGGUUUGAGUCUGGAUCGACUGAGUUUAUAA